AUGAAUGCACAAAAUACAUCAUCAAAUUAUAUGACAACAGGACAUGCUCAAGCUAGUAAUUAUACUACAUCACCACCUGCAGAGUCUGAAAGUCGUAUUGAUAAAGCUUAUAUUACAUCUAUUCGUGGCAUUCUCAAGUUUAUUGCAUUGUUAUUUAGUUUUAUUGCGUUUGUAUGUUUGGUAUCAACGCAAAAAUGUGAUGGAACUCAUGUAUUUCUUGCUACUGUUACAUGGUUAGUUAUUAUAAUGCAAGUUAUAAUUAUAAUUGUUUUUGUAUUUCGUUUGCAAACAAAAUUUCCUGGUAUUGAUUUUGAAUUUUUGGAUUUCUUUGCAACAGCACAUGAUGCACUCUAUCUUUUGAUUGCAUCAAGUAUCACAAUAAAUUAUUGUCGAAUUUCAGGCCAAGUUGCUGGUGGAAUCAUGGGACUUUUAGCAUUUUUAUGUUUAACUGGUAAUGCUAUUGCUAUUUUCUUAGCUCGACGUGAUGAAACAGUUACGAAUACAAAUAGUAAUAAUAUUCGAUAG